AUGUUGGAUCUACUCUCCCGGGUGAUGGUCACAGUGUUGACCCUAAUGUGUUUCCUUGGCAUCAUCACCAAUUUCCUCUCCCUCUACAUUUACACCCGUCGAACAUUCCGGAAGAAAAGCAUCAAUGUGCUCCUGUCCGCACUAUCUGCCACAGAUCUCAGCGUGUGUUUUCUGGCGAUUCCCGUCUUCGCCAGCACCCAAUUACAACAAUGGAUACCUCCAGAAGUCACUGCCAUGAUCAUGGUCUAUCUGUACCCAUUCACUAUUAUGUUCCAAUCUAUGUCAGUAUGGUUACUGGUAUCCAUUACCAUUGACCGAUAUCUGGCUGUCUGUCAUCCAUUCAAGGUCAACACCUACUCUACCCGAAAUCGAGCACUGCUUACUGUAGGAGUGGUUGUACUGUUCAGUUUGGCCUAUAACGCUGUCAGGUUUUGGGAGUACACUAUAAACUUUGAUGUGCCUGAGGAGAAUCGGACCAUCGAGGAGAUGGUCAUCCCAAUGCUUCGAGCGAAUCGAUAUUUCUUGUUAUGGUACCAAAAUGUGGCAACUAUGAUCACCCAGUUUGCAUUUCCAUUGGUGGUACUGUGUGUACUCAAUAUUCAGGUCGCUCGAACCAUCAUCAGAGCAUCCGAACAACGUCGGGAACUAGUGGCUAGUGUGCGGCGAGAACAUUCCACAGCGAAAAUGAUGAUCAUGGUUGUUAUAGUAUUCCUAGUCUGCUACAUUUUCUCCUUUGUCCUAAACGUUCUGGAAAUCUGCUAUGAACGAAUUUUCGAAAGCGCCUUCGGCUACUUUUUGAACGAUGUCAAUAACGUUUUGGUCGUUGUCAACUCAUCGUGUGCAUUCGUUUUUUACUACAAGUACUCUACAAGAUUUCGCAACCAAGCUCGAACACUUCCCGUAAUUCGAUGGUUUGCCAGUAUGUCGAAAUUCAAUGUGUACAAUACUGUAGUGACACCAAAUCGUACAAUGACCACUACAUUAAAAGAAUCGAUAAUCACAAUACGUGGCAACUCAUCGUCGUCUCGGCUCAACAGCACUCAUAACCUGUUGUACAAACCGAGUUAUUCGAAACCGUGUGAUAUUUAG